AUGAAUUUAGACUACCUUGCCUCCUUUGGUGACCAUGUUGCGCUCUCCCAGUUCAAGACCGAAGAUACGAUAUCUGUCUUAUCCUUCAGUAAGAACGGAAGAUUUUUAGCAUCAGGUGACGCCGCCGGACGUGUAGUUAUAUUUCAACUAAAUCCGCCUAAAUCUGCGGGUGGAAAAUCGACCGUUUCUUUUGUUGUCCAAGUCCACGCACAUAAGGCUUCAUUUGACUAUUUCCGCUCCGAACUUUCCGAUCCAAAAAUUAAUUCAUUGAAGUGGGUAAAGACAGAAACAGUCAACCCCCUACUUUUAACAUGCAACAGCCAUGAUGCAAAGCUCUGGAAAUUCACGCAGAAUAGCAAAAUUACUUGGAACCCUUUGAAUACAGAUGUUCCAAUAGACCAGUUUGUUCUUCCAAAACCAAGACAAGUCGAAGCUAAGUAUACUGCAGAGUGCGUCAAAUCGUUUACAGACUUGCAAACUGAGUAUCUCGUCGAUUUGCAUUCGCUCAGCGACCAGCGUUCCUUCGUCUUGGUUGAUGUUGGCUGCGUUAAGCUUUGGGACAUGGAAAGGGAUGUACCAUCUGUUUCUCUCUACCGCCUUCCUUCAACGAAUUCCGAGCUCAUGUGCUCUGACGUUCACGAUUCUUUACCAUCGGCUGUCCUUAUUGGUGAUGACUGCGGUGUCGCCAAAAUUAUUGAUAUGAGGCAGCAAGCGGAAGACUUAACUCCAUCAAUAGUUUUCAAUAUACGCUCAAAGCUCAGCCCAGACAAACAAUGCGCUGACUGCGAAUCCAUCGGAUCACUUGCCUUCUCACCCGAUGGCAUUAAUUUUGUCGCAAGAACAUUCGGCGAGUGUCAAAUUUGGGAUGUCAGAAAUCCCUCAACUCCGGUCGCCAAGAUCGAAACUCAAUGGUUCCCAGAUCAAAUGGAUUGGCUCGCUUCAGAGGAUAUCGUUAAAGACCAGUUCAGAACUUGCUUCACCCUGAGUGGUAAGGUGGUCACUGGCUUGUACGGAGCUGAUUUCAUAUCCUGGGAUCCAAAGUCAAACGAAGUCAAGCAUCAUCGCGCUAUUUCAAGUCGUACUCCAAGAGAUCCUCCGGAUCUUGGAAGAGAUUUUACAAAGAGAGUUACUGUUUGCGAAGCACAUCCGAAACAGGAUAUUAUUGCUUGUGUUUCGACUGCCGCUUUAUAUAUGUUUUCUGCACGCCAACAAACCAGAAUAUAA